AUGACUGAUAAAUUAAUUAUUCUUGUGAGCCUGGUGGUUCUUCACAGCAUGUUUAUAAAUGGAAGAACAACAUGUAAACGACACCUGGUGGAAGAAUGGCGUACACAGCCCUCAACAUAUGUGGUGAAUUGGACAGUGACAGAAAACAUCUGCCUGGAGUUCUAUGGGGAUUGUUGGUUUGGAGAUGUAAAUACUAAAAUCAAUACUUCUGGCAAUCAAGUUGUUCCCCAGAUUUGCCCUUUGCAAAUUCAAUUAGGAGACAUCCUUGUAAUUUCUUCUGAACCAUCUCUUCAAUAUCCAGAAAUAAAUGUGAUGAAUGUUUCUGAAGCAUCAUUCAUUGACUGUCUGCAAAAUACCGCAACUGAAGAUCAGUUACUUUUUGGUUGCAAUCUAAAAGGAAUGCACGCUGUUAAUUCUCAGUGGCUGAGUGUUGGGACACAUUAUUUCAUCACAGUAAUGCCAAGUGGUCCAUCCUUUUGUCAACUGGGACUUCGACUAAAUGUGACGGUGAAAGAGCAGUUCUGCCAGGAAUAUCUGAGUUCGGAGCUUUGCUCUGGGCAUGGUACAUGUCUUACUGAAGUUUGGAGCAAGAUAUACAGCUGCCAUUGCCAGCCUCCAUUCUCUGGGAAAUACUGCCAGGAGCUGGAUUCAUGUUCCUGUAAGCCAUGUAAAAAUAAUGGCAGUGGCAUUAAUAAAAGAGAAAAAUGGAAUAAGCAAGGAUAUGAAUGUAUCUGUCACCCACAAAUUACAGACAUAAAUUGUUUAGAAAUAAUUAGGCAGUGUCAACCACAUAUCUGUUUCCAUGGGAGCUGCAGAAAUAUUACUGCAAAUAGUUUCAUUUGUGAUUGUGAGGAACCAUUUUCAGGUCCAUUCUGUGAGGAGUCAAUGGAACAUUGUGUUUCUCAGUCUUGUUGGAAAGGAGAAAUUAGUCAAAAUAAAAGCUCAGCUUACAUUUUGGAAUGCACAGAAGGAUUUCUCAAUCAAAACUGUGAAACCGAUGUCAAUGAGUGUUCACCAAAACCAUGUCAGAAUGGUACUGACUGCAUUGAUAUUCCAAAGGAUAUCAUGUGCAUGUUUUCACCAAUAUGUACAGUCAAGUUUUGUAAGCAACUUCAAACACCACUGGAGUCUUGUCCUUGCAAGAUUAAUGUCACAAGUAUGAAAUAUGAGAAAGAUUAUCAUUGCAGUUGUAUUCCAGGAUUUACUGGAAAAAAAUGUGAGAAAGUAAUUGACUACUGCAGACUUUUCACCAUCAACUGUCUGAAUGAAGGAUGGUGUUUCAAUAUAAUCGGAAGAUUCAGAUAUAUAUGCACUCCAGGGUGCACAAGAAAUUCAUGUCGAUUUGUGAAGAAUGCUUGCUUAAUUCAUCUGUACGGCUGCUACUGUGGAGCCAUCAGCCAUGAUAUUUGUCAAGCUGAAGUUGCAAGUCCUCCUCAAUUUAAAUAUGUGUGGCAAAUGAAAUUUACAGGAUCUGAAGGUGAAAAUCGUGAAGUGGUUACUGGUGGCUACUUCUUUCUCGCUUGCAGCUGCACAGAAGGUGCUGUCAGUCUGAACCGAUCCGAAGACCUUGGUCAUGUGUGUUGGUUCCUACGUGAAGGAACAAGGAAGAUAUGUGCAAAUGGAUGUAGUUGGUUGAUUAAAGAAGAUGAUAAGGGAUAUUGGUGCCUAUGUACUUCCACAUGGUUUUGCAAAAUGUGUCUGGAAAACGCAACUGACUAUGAAGAAAGUAGGUGUCAACAAGAAGCUAUUUAUGAAGAGGAAAUUAAUAUAUCCAGAUGCAGCUGUUUCCUUGGUUACGUGUUUAGAGUCGGUAUGCUCAAUGUUGAUGACUGCUUAGGAAACCAAAGCACAUCAGUGCAAGGCCUCUGCCUGGCCCAUUUGCACACCUGCAGUUGUAGCUCUCUGCAAAGAUGUGAAAGACACAUGUGUGAAAUAGAAACUGAAGAUUGUAAAUCUGCGCCCUGCAGAAAUGGAGCAACAGGUACACAUUUAAGUGGCUAUUUCUUUGGCAAAUGUGUCCCAGGAUUUACAGGCAAAUAUUUCUUGAAAUCAAAUUGUCUAAUAGAUGUAGAUGAGUGUGCUUCACAUCCCUGCAAGAAUGGAGCCACCUGCAUUGACCAUGCUGGUAAUCAUUCCUGUCAAUGCGUGGCUCCAUUUAAAGUGGUUGAUGGCUUCUGUUUAUGCAGUCUGGGCUCUGCUGGUCUGAGGUGUAAACAGGACUUUGAUGACUGCAUCCUAAAUGCCCAUGAGAACAAUUCUACCUGCAAAGAUCUGUGUCUGAACUACCAGUGCGUGUGCCUUUCUGGUUGGGAAGGAUAUUUUUGUGAACAAGAAUCCAAUGACUGCAAAAAGAAUCCCUGUAAGAACAAUUCCACCUGUACUGACCUUGGCAAUGGCUAUCGACUUCUAUGUAAUUGUGAACCUGAAUAUCAUGGAUCUUUUUGUGAACUGGAUAUAAAUGAAUGUGAAAUCUCACCUUGUCGUGAUGGAGAAAAUUGUGUCAAAAGAACAGGUGGAUACAUCUGCCUCUGUGCUCCUGGUUAUUCAGGCAUCGAUUGUGAAGUAAAUAUAGAUGAAUGUCUAUCAAAGCCCUGUCUCCGUGAUGGAACUUGUAUUGAUGGCAUAAAUCAUUACACCUGUGACUGCAAGAGUGGGUUUUUCGGAACACACUGUGAAGCAAAGGCAAAUGACUGCCUCUCACAUCCUCGUCUACAUGGCAGAUGCAUAGACUUCAUUGAUAAGUAUCAAUGUUCAUGCAGUGCAGAAUGGACUAGCUCAAGAUGUAACAUCAAGAUUAAUGACUGCACAUCUAUCCUUUGUAUGAAUGAAGGCUUCUGCCAGAAAGCAGCCCAUGGCUUUACUUGCAUUUGCCCAAAUGGUACAUAUUGUGAAGUAAAUAUUAGCAGUUGUACUGAGCCUGAACUGAAUGUGGUCCUCUGCCUUAACGGAGGGAUAUGUGUUGAUGGACCUGGACACACUUUUUAUUGCAGAUGUCUCCCUGGAUUUUCUGGGAAAUUUUGUGAAAUUAACAUAAAUGAAAGUUCUUCAUCACCAUGUCUAAAUGGUGUGAACUGUGAGGAUCACAUCAAUGGAUAUAUUUGCAAAUGUCAACAAGGAAGAUCAGGACGUCCCUGUGAGAAAGAACUUUAUGAGUGCCUUUCCAACUUACAUGUUCAUGGAAUGUGCAGAGGAAAUGAACCCGGCGAUGGCUUGCCAUGUUUAUGCACACCUGGACUUGUGACCUGCUCCAUUGGGCUUCUCUGUGGUAAUGAAAUAAGGAGAACCACCUGUUUACCUCCCAGCUCUCAAGGAAAAGAGGCCACUUCCACACAAACAUACACAGUGCCCACCUCGGGGACUUCGGUCAGUAGCAUCUCACCUGCCAGGGCUACCCAACUGUGGGCCAUAGUGAACACUUCUCCAGUUAGUCAAGGUCCAAAACAGACAGACAUUUUCCAGCACAACGUUCUCCCAACCACUGGUUUGGCAGCAUUAGAUAUUGGCACGUCCUCUGAAAGCUAUUUACUCGAAGAACUGAUUUCCACUAAAGAGAUUUCAGCAAAACACAGUCUUCCUUCCUCAGCAGAUGUUUCCUCUUCUCAGUUUCUGAAUUUCGGUGUUCAUGACCCAGCACAAAUCGUCGGGGGCAAAACAUCUGUAUCACGUAUGCCCAUCCAAACUCCAGCGGGCGCACCAGGACUCCUUUUCCCUGAUAGGGGAGAGAGCACCCUGUUUAUCGUCUCUUCCUUAAUGACAGAUUUUAUUUUUCCCACAAAAUCUUUAUUAUCUGAGAGCUUCCGGGCUGUUGUCUUGUCUGCUACCACAAUGAGUUCAGUAAUUAGUGGCGUUCCAGGGACUAAUGUUGAGUUAAACAGACACUCAUUACUCUCCCGUGGAUUCCCACCCACAACUGCUUCCAUGAGUGCACCUCCAGUCAUCUCUCAAGAGGAUAUUGAAGAAAAUUCAGCUCUUUCGUUAAUUUCAAGAAGAGAGUCCUGGAGAGUGCUGAGUUCCUCGAUGUCUCCCAUUUCUCCUGCUAAGAUAAUCAUAUCCAAACAGGUAGCCGUCUUAAACUCAUCAACUCUGCACCGAUUUACCACACAAGCCUCCAUUCCCAGUGAAGAUCAGGUUAUUACCGAAGCAUCCAGCAACCAGAGACUCACAAAUAUCAAACCACAGGCUGCUGAUUCUUUAAGUGAAUUAAGCCAAACAUGUACAACGUGUUCUAUGACUGAAAUAAAAUCCUUUCAUGAAUUUUCAGAUCAAGUUUCGCAUAGCAAACAGUCCCACUUUUACGAGACAUUUUGGAUGAAUUCAGCAGUAUUAGCCAGCUGGUUUGCACGAAUGGGAACUCAAACUAUCACUUCUGGACAUUCACUUCCUUCGGCUGCUGAAAUUACACCAUCAGUGGCAAUCACAGAACUGUCAUCUUUAUUUCCUUCUACAAAGAGUACAACAAGAGGAAUUUUAGUCUCAUCUGUAGAAGAAUAUGUUACCCUAUCAAAUAAUUUGGAUGUUAAUUUAUGUUUGGAUAAGUUGUGUUCAUCCAUUAUCCCUUCACAAACUGUCCCUUCAGACCUGAUUAAUUCGGAUUUGACUUCAAAACUGACUACUGAUGAUCCUUCAGUAUCAGAAAACAUUUUUAAACUAUUGAAAAUAAGACUCUAUGGUAUAACUUUGGGUCCCACUGAGAUGCUGAAUGAAGACAAGUUACUGGGCAUGCGAGAGCAUGAAGGGUCUUAUACCCGGUUCAAACCUCUCACAAGGGAUGGGUCUCUAGAUUUUGAAUUAAACUUUCAAAGUCAUCCAGAAACUAUACAUUCAAGUGACCUCAAAAACAACCUGCCACCACAUGUAGACUCCACAUCUGAUUUUUCAGAAGUAACCUCUCCUGUAGCAUUUUCUAUAGUUUCAGCAACUCAAUCACUUCCAAUACAGACCUCUGUUCCCAUGUCUGUAGUUAUGCCAGAUUGGACAUAUUAUACAGAUUAUCUGACCUUAGCACCUGAUUUAAAAGAAGAGGUCAGAACUUCUUCAGAAUGGUCCAGAUGGGAGCUGCAGCCUCGUGGGCAUGGUCAGGAAUCUCCUGAAGCAAGUCAAAGGCUUUCCAUCACUAGGUCUCUUAUCUGGUCUUCCCUGGAGCCCAUUCCGGCACCUCCUCAGCUGAUGAUUUCUGAUAUCAGUUGUGUUUGUUAUUACGGAGAUUCCUAUCUAGAAUUUCGGAAUGUGUUUUUAAAUCCACAAAAUAACAUCUCCCUAGAAUUUCAGACCUCCAACGCCUAUGGACUCCUGCUCUACGUCAAACAAGACUUCGAUUCAGUAGAUGGACUUUUUAUUCAAUUAUUUAUUGAAAAUGGUACUUUAAAGUACCACUUUUUCUGUGCUGGUGAAGCAAAAUUGAAAAGCAUUAACACUACUAUUAAAGUGGAUGAUGGACAAAAGUAUACACUGCUUAUCAGGCAAGAAUUGAAUCCAUGUAAAGCUGAAAUGACUAUUCUAGGGAAGACUAUAAAAACAAGCGUACCUAUUGAUUAUGUACCGGGAAAACCCCUGCCAGAAUCAGGGGCUGUCUUUAUUGGUGGACUUCCAGAUCUUCAUGGAGCAAACCAGAUUUCUGGACCAGUUGAGAAUUUUACUGGCUGCAUAGAAGUUAUAGAAAUCAAUAACUGGGGAUCUUUCAUCCCAUCCAAGGCAGUGAAAAAAAUUCACAUUGACAGUUGCAGAUCCCAGGAUUCUACGCCGCCAACAACGUCCGCGUCUGUCGCUCCUCCUGGGGCCGCGGGAGGGGCCGGCUCCCCGGGGGCCUCGCUCGUCCCCCGCGCGGCGCCGGCCACGUGCCAGGGGCGCGUGUGUCAGCACGGGGGCACCUGCCGCACCGUUCUCCUCCCGGGGGGCGUCUUCUCCUUCCAAUGCGACUGUCCGCUCCAUUUCACCGGCCGGUUCUGUGAACGAGAUGCAGGCUUAUUUUUUCCAUCUUUCAACGGGAAUUCCUACUUAGAACUGCCUUUUUGUACAACCCUGAGGAAGGAACAUAACAAAAUUGUUAACAUCUACUUGACUCUACAAACAAGCACUUUGAAUGGAACAAUUCUCUACAGUAAUGAGAAGAAUUUUGGACAACAGUUUCUUCAUUUAUUUCUUGUGGAAGGAAAGCCCACAGUUAAAUAUGGAUGUGGAAGUUCUCAAAAUAUCUUGACUCUUUCUGCUAAUUACAGCAUUAACAGAAAUGCAUUCAUCCCUAUAACAAUACGCUACACAAUGCCUGUUGGCAGCCCUAGGGUUGCUUGUAUGAUUGAAAUGGCUGCAGAUGGAAAACCUCCAAUACGGAAAGAAGACACCAAGAUACCUCAUGUGUCCCAGGUAUAUUUUGAAAAAUUGUUCCUUGGCCAUAUCCCUGCAAAUGUUAAGAUUCCUAAGAACGCAGGCCACGUUUAUGGAUUCAAGGGCUGCAUUCAAGAGCUUCAAGUAAACAACAAAGAAUUCUUCCUCAUCGAUGAAGCCCUGAGUGGGAAAAACAUUGAAAACUGCCACAUCCCUCUGUGUGAGCGUCAUCUGUGCCGCAAUAAUGGUACCUGUGUCAGUGAUAGUGAAACUUGGUUUUGUGACUGUCCAAGGCUGUACUCGGGCAAGCAGUGCCAGUUUGCAACUUGUGAAAGCAACCCAUGUAGAAAUGGUGCCACCUGUGUUCCUAAAUCUGGGACAGACAUUGUCUGCCUCUGUCCGUAUGGAAGGUCUGGUCUCCUCUGCACUGAAGCUGUUCAUAUCACCCAGCCCAGGCUCAGUGGGAUGGAUGCCUUUGGAUAUACCUCGUUCCUGGCUUAUUCGCAGGUCCCAGACAUCAGCUAUGAUUACGAGUUCCACUUGAAGUUUCAGCUGGCAAACAACCACUCAGCAGUGCAAGACAACUUGAUAUUUUUCACCGGACAGAAGGGCCAUGGGCUGAGUGGUGAUGACUUCCUGGCCGUUGGUCUGCGCAGCGGCCGCGUGGUUUACAAUUACAACCUGGGAUCUGGCACAGCAAGUGUCAGCAGCGAUCCCCUCGAUCUGAGCCAUGGGAUCCACACGGUCCAUCUGGGGAGGUCCUUCCGAGCAGGCUGGCUGAAGGUAGAUGAUCAGCAAAAUAAAUCCAUCAUCUCCCCAGGAAAACUGGUUGGUCUCAAUGUCUUCAGUCAGUUUUAUGUAGGUGGCUACAGUGAAUACACUCCAGAUCUCCUACCAAAUGGAGCCGAUUUUAAAAAUGGCUUUCAAGGUUGUAUUUUUACUCUGCAAGUUCGCAGUAAGAAGAAUGGCCAUUUCAGAAGCCUUGGGAUGCCUGAGGGCCACCCAAAUGCUGGGCGCAGCGUCGGCCAGUGUGAUGCUUCUCCCUGUCACUUGAUGAAAUGUGGCAACGGUGGCACGUGCAUGGAGCAGGGAUCGACUGUUUACUGUAACUGUCCUGGUGGGUGGGAAGGAGCCUUCUGCACGGAGAGAGUUUCCACCUGCAACCCUGAGCAUGACCCCCCACACCACUGCAGCAAAGGAGCAACCUGUGUCUCAUUGCCUCAUGGAUACACCUGUCACUGUCCACUGGGAACCACUGGGGUCUACUGUGAGCAAGCUUUGUCUAUAAGUGAUCCAUCUUUCAAAAGCCACGAAUUAUCCUGGAUGUCUUUUGCUUCCUUUCCCGUUCGAAAAAAGACACAUAUUCAAUUGCAGUUCCAGCCUCUUACUGCAGAUGGCAUCCUAUUCUACGUUGCCCAACGUUUACAAGCACAGUCAGGUGAUUUUUUAUGUAUCUCUUUAGUAAACGGUUCUGUUCAACUCCGCUACAAUCUUGGUGACAGAACUAUCGUUCUAGAAACUCUCCAAAAAGUAACUAUUAAUAGAAGUACUUGGCAUGUGAUAAAAGCAGGAAGAGAUGGUGCAGAAAGCUACCUGGCUUUGGAUGGGAUAAAUGUAACAGAAAAAGCCAACGCUAAAAUGACCUCCCUGGACACAAAUACCGACUUCUAUAUUGGAGGAGUGUCAUCCUUAAAUCUUGUAAAUCCCAUGGCAACAGGGAAAGAACCUGUAGGUUUUCAAGGUUGUGUUCGAGAAGUUAUUAUAAAUAACCAAGAAUUACAAUUAACCGAAUUGGGAGCAAAAGGUGGUUCAAAUGUAGGUGACUGUGAUGGGACAGCCUGUGGGUACAAUGUGUGCAAAAACAGGGGUGAAUGUAUAGUAAAUGGCACAACUUUUUCUUGCAGCUGCUUACCACAUUGGGCAGGAAAUACAUGUGACCAGUCUGUGUACUGUUUGAAUAAUCUUUGCCUCCAUCAAUCUCUAUGCAUACCUGACCAAUCAUUUUCUUACAGUUGUUUGUGUACUUUGGGUUGGGUGGGAAGGUAUUGUGAAAACAACACUUCAUUUUCAACUGCAAAAUUUAUGGGUAAUUCUUACAUUAAAUACACUGAUCCAGAUUACAGAAUGAGAAAUCUUCAGUUCACUGCUAUAUCCUUAAAGUUCAGUACUACUGAAACAGAAGGUUUAAUUGUAUGGAUAGGAAAAGCUCAAAAUGAAGAAAAUGAUUUUCUGGCCAUUGGUCUCCAUAAUCAGACCCUGAAAAUAGCAGUUAACUUAGGAGAAAGCAUCUCUCUACCUAUGAUUUAUAGCAAUGGUACAUUCUGUUGCAAUAAAUGGCACCAUUUAAUUAUAAUUCAAAAUCAGACUCUUAUUAAGGCCUACCUAGAUGACAAUCUAAUUCUCUCUGAGGAUACUGAUCCACACAAAAAGUUUGUUGCUCUAAACUAUGAUGGUAUUUGUUAUCUAGGGGGCUUUGAAUAUGGCCGAAAGGUAAAUAUUGUUACUCAAGAGAUUUUUGAAAGAAGUUUUGUUGGCAAAAUUAAAGAUGUAUUUUUUCAGGAUUCAAAAAGAAUUGAGUUAAUUAAAUCAGAAGGAUACAAUGUUUAUAAUGGUGAUGAACAAGAUUAG